AUGCAGCCGGGCGCGGGGGGCCGGGGAGCGGGCUCUUUUGUGUCGGCCCGGAGCCCGGCCGAGAGGCGCGGAGCCGGAGCGUGCGGAGGAAUCCUCCGAGUUUCCUCGCGGGGGCGGCCGGGGCUGCCUCUCCCCUCGGCGCUGCCGGCGUUUCCCCCACACGGGACUGCUGCCGAGCAUUGGGCCAGGGAAGGCGGCGGCAGCGGCAGCGGCUGCAGCGGAGAGCGAGGGAAGCAGCCACAUGAAUCAGUUUCUCUCUGUAUCCGGCUCCGGGCAGAGGCGGCGACCAUAGCGAGGAGGAGGGGAGAAGGGGAAAAGCGGCUCCUGCAGCAGCGGCAGCCGGGGGCUUCGCUCGCCGCCGAGGUGGGUAGCGGGGCCGCAGCGUACGGGCGAGGGGCGGCGGCGGGCGAGGGUGCCGCGGGUGCCGCUGCCCGGCCGAGCUAUCUCGUCUCUAGAGCGGCUGGAUGUCGGCAGGCAGCGGGAAGGCAGAAAAGUUGCCUAGGGCGCCCGGGGGCUACCCCGCGGGGCGGCGACGGUGACCCAGCUCGUGUUCCGGCGCUUCUCGCCGCCGCUCGUGGCCGGAGAGGGGCUGCGGCGGAUCGUCCCCGCCGUGCGUGGGACGGGCUUUCCCCCGGGCCGGCGCCGGAGGCUUUGGGGCGUGUUGUUCUGCAAGUUCUCUUUUCGCUCCCGCUUCGUUGCUUCAGCGAUUGUGGGUGUCGCUGUGUCAGGGUGAGAAAAUACCGCCAUCAACGCCUCUCGUUUUUCCCGGCUGAGCAGCCCCAAAAGCGCAGUUCCUUCGGUCCCCUCCAGCCUCCGCCGCCCCGUGGCAGCCAGGGCGGGCCGGUCCCUGUCCCCGCGGCGGGGCUGCGCUCUGCCCGCUCGGUGCCCCCGGCGGGUCGCGCCUGUGCGGGCGGGGACCCCGGGCAGCCCCUCUCCUCCCACGCGUGUCCGUGUGUGCGCGCAGGGCAGCGCGCCGCGAUGCGACGCUCCCCCGCCUCGUGUGAGGACCGGUUGUCACGUUUCGUCUCCUUUUCCCUCCCCAGGUGCUGCGGGACUGGUGCUCGCCGAGCCGCCACCGACACGUUUCGUCCGUCCCCCCUCCCCUCUCGGAGCUGCGCGGCCUCGGCUGCCAAAUGCGCGGGGGAGAGAGACUUAGGCUCAAAAUCCCCCGAUCGUAAAUAG